AUUUGGCAAAAGGAAAAUUCAAGAGAAGAAUGUUAGGCGCCAGCUGCGCUUCGCUGCACGCACAUGAGCGGCAGAAAAACAGACACGCGAGGAGGAGAACAGAACAGAGGAGAUCCAUCGAUUUCCCUUCCCUUCCCUCCCCGCCGCUCCCUGAUCCUAUCCGAAUCUUCGAUGCCGCGGCGCUCGGUCCGCGUGGCCGUGAUCGGGGCAGGGGCCGCGGGGCUGGUGGCGGCGCGCGAGCUGCGGCGAGAGGGCCACUCCCCCGUCGUGUUCGAGCGCGCCGACGCCGUGGGCGGCGUCUGGGUCUACGACGACGCCGGCGGCGGAAGCGAGCAGCGCCCGUCGUCGAGCUGCCUCUACGCGUCCCUCCGCACCAACCUGCCCCGCGAGUCCAUGGGCUUCCUCGACUUCCCCUUCCACGCCGCCGGCGAUGGCGACGCCCGCAGGUUCCCGGGCCACGAGGAGGUGCGCCGGUACCUGGAGGACUUCGCGCGGCGGUUCGACCUCCUCGGGCUCGUCCGGCUCCAGACGGAGGUCGUCCGGGUCACCAGGGAAGCGGCCGGCGCGAGCGAGAGCUGGCGCGUCAGCUACCACACAAGGACGAAACUGGAGAGGCGCGAAGCGGAAGAAGAGGUGUUCGACGCCGUCGUGGUUUGCAGCGGACACUACCGCGAGCCACGCUUCGCCGACGACAUCGCCGGCAUCGACGCCUGGCCUGGGAAGCAGCUGCACAGCAACAGUUACCGCGUGCCGGAGCCAUUUCAGAACCAAGUUGUUGUGGUGAUAGGGUGUGGGCCGAGCGGGACGGACAUUGCGAGGGACAUCGCUGGCGUCGCCAAGGAAGUCCAUCUCACCAACCGAUCGGCGCCGGCUGCCACUUGCGACAGGCUGCCUCUGCCUGGCCAUGAUAACCUGUGGCUCCAUUUUCAUUCCAUGGUCGACCGUGCUGAGGAAGACGGCACCGUGGUCUUCCAAGACGGCAGUCGGGUCAAGGCGGAUGUCAUCAUGCAUUGCACUGGAUACAAGUACAGCUUCACGUUCCUCAGCGAAGACUCGACCAUCUCCGUGGAUGACAACCGUGUCGGACCUCUCUACAAGCAUGUGUUCCCGCCACAGCUAGCUCCUCGGCUCUCCUUCAUUGGGUUGCCACAUAAGGUAGCCCCUUUCCCACUAUUCGAGCUCCAGAGCAACUGGGUGGCCGGCGUUCUGUCGGGACGAAUCGAGCUCCCGUCGGAGGAGGAGAUGACGCAAGACGUGACGGCAUUCUACUCGGAGCUUAGCGCUCGCGGAUGGCCCCGGAGAUACACCCACAGCAUGCAAAGCCACGAGUUCGAGUACGAGGACUGGCUCGCAGGGCAAUGCCGGCGUGAGAGGGUCACGGAGUGGAGGAAGGAGUUGUUUGCCGCCGCGCUCAGGAUUAACACCUUGGGUCGCAUGGGGAGCUACAGGGACGAGUGGGACGCCGGCGAUGGAGGUGGCAAACUCGACCAGCUGCUGGCCCAAGCAAAUCGAGAAUUCGCCCGGUAUUCUUGUCCUGCCACCCCUCCGCCUUAAUCUACCAUCGAUUGUUGGCAGAAGAUGUCAAGAACACAAGACGAAGAACAUGCUCGCAGUAUAUAUAUACAUAUAUAUGUAUAUAUAUAUGUAUAUAUAUAUGUAUAUGUAUAUGUAUAUAUAUAUGUAUAUGUAUAUAUAUAUAUAUGUAUAUGUAUAUGUAUAUAUAUAUAUAUAUAUAUAUGUAUGUAUAUAUAUAUAGAGAGAGAGAAUUAAGGGCGGUUCGAUCAAUUCAUUCGUUCACUCAUUCA